GCUAUCAUUGUUCUCGACUCCUCCACGCGUGCUGUGACCAGAAAAUGAUGCGAUGAAUCGAAGCCAGUCCCUACAGCCCCGUACCCGACCUCGCCACCAAGCCACCCGCUCGACCUCUUUCACUCCCUCCCUUCGGCGUCGAACAACCGCCGGCUCUCAAGGAGCAGACCUCAGUGACGAUCCCGAGACCGCGCAAGCAGCAAGCUCAGAGGAGCAUGCCAUACAGGAGGAGAUUGCGCAGAUAAAGCGCUACGAGGACUUCACCACAAUAGACUGGGUGCAAGAUGCUGCUCGAGAACAGCUUCGACGCCGGGCCAGGCGCAAAGAGCGCGCGGGAUUCUGGGAACGUGAGGGUCGGAUAGGCUGGCGGAGGAAGAUAUCGGAAGCCUAUGAUGCAGGGCAGGCUUGGAUCGUGGUUACACUCGUUGGGGCAGCAAUAGGACUGAAUGCGGCGUUUCUGAACAUUGCUACAGAAUGGUUGAGUGAUAUCAAACUAGGGUAUUGCGAGACAGCGUUCUAUCUGAAUGAGAACUUUUGCUGUUGGGGAGCCGAGGACGGUUGCCCUGAGUGGCAUCGGUGGAGCGGUUUCUGGCCGCUGAAUUACAUCCUCUACAUAGCUUUCGGAGCGCUUUUCGCUUUGACUGCUGCCACGCUGGUCAAGUCCUUCGCACCAUAUGCAGCAGGAUCGGGCAUAUCCGAGAUCAAAUGUAUCAUUGCUGGUUUCGUAAUGAAGGGUUUUCUUGGAGCUUGGACGUUGCUCAUCAAGUCGAUUGGGCUACCGCUUGCCAUUGCUUCAGGACUGUCCGUGGGAAAGGAGGGGCCCAGUGUGCAUUAUGCCGUAUGCACGGGCAACGUCAUAUCACGAUUCUUUGACAAGUACAGGCGGAACGCGGCCAAGACGCGCGAGAUUCUGAGCGCAAGUGCUGCAGCGGGCGUUGGUGUUGCCUUCGGUAGCCCAAUUGGAGGAGUUCUAUUCUCCCUGGAGGAGAUGUCCAGCCAGUUUCCGCUGAAGACGAUGUGGCGGAGCUACUUUUGCGCUUUAGUCGCCACGGCUGUGUUGGCGGCCAUGAAUCCUUUUCGAACGGGGCAACUAGUCAUGUUUCAGGUCAAGUAUGACCGUUCGUGGCAUUUCUUCGAAGUGCUAUUUUUCCUCAUCAUCGGCGUCUUUGGUGGCCUUUACGGCGCCCUUGUGAUCAAGUGGAAUCUCCGUGUGCAGGCGUUUCGAAAGAAGUAUCUGGCGCAAUACCCCAUCAUAGAAUCCGUGACUCUGGCUGUCUUCACGGCAAUUAUCUGUUAUCCUAAUAUGUUUCUGAGGAUCGACAUGACGGAGAGUAUGGAGAUAUUAUUCAGGGAAUGUCGUGGGGAUCACGAUUACGACCAACUAUGCGAACCUCAGAAUCGAGUGCAUAUGAUGCUCUCCCUUUGUAUUGCAACGGUCAUACGGACGUUCCUGGUUAUCAUCUCCUACGGUUGCAAGGUACCGGCCGGCAUCUUCGUCCCGUCCAUGGCGAUUGGAGCGUCUUUUGGAAGGAUGGUGGGCAUCUUCGUCCAAUACCUACAGGAGUCUUUUCCCGAGUCGGCCUUCUUCUCCGCCUGCGAGCCUGACGGCCCAUGCAUCACACCUGGAACGUAUGCUUUCCUGGGCGCGGGUGCUGCUCUAUCGGGUAUCAUGCACAUAACGGUUUCGGUUGUAGUCAUCAUGUUUGAACUCACGGGGGCUCUCACUUAUAUCUUGCCGACCAUGAUCGUCGUGGGAGUCACAAAGGCGGUCAGCGAACGUUUCGGCCAUGGCGGCAUCGCAGAUCGCGCCAUCUGGUUCAACGGGUACCCUUUUCUUGACACCAAAGAAGAGCAUACCUUUGGAGUACCCGUCUCCCAGGUCAUGGCUACAGACGUUGUCUCGCUUCCUGCUACAGGGCUUGACAUCCGCGCCGUCGAACGUAUUAUGAGAGAGAAUCAGUACCAAGGUUACCCCAUUGUAGAGGAUUCGACGUCAAAGACCCUCAUAGGCUAUAUUGGACGUACCGAGCUCGGCUAUGCGAUAGAUCGUGCAAAGCGACAUCAGCAGGCGCCCGGCAGCGCCGUGGUUUCGUUUGUUUCCUCAUCUUCCGGGUCUCACACGGAUCCUCGAACCCCGUCCACGCUCAUGCCCGCGGUUUCAUUUGACACAAUGUCAGCGACUUCUAUUCCCAGUCGGAUCGAUCUGCACAAGUUCAUCGACCCAACGCCGUUGUCGGUGCAUCCUCGCCUCCCCCUGGAGACGGUGAUGGAGAUUUUCAAGAAGAUGGGACCUCGAGUCAUUCUCAUCGAAUACCGUGGGCGUCUCACUGGAUUGGUCACGGUAAAAGACUGCCUGAAGUACCAAUUCAAGGUCGAAGCACAGGAUCAGCCCCAGCAGGCAGGAAAUUGGGACGAGAGCGGUGAGGCGCUCUGGGGGCUUAUCAGAGGGGUUGCCAGUUGGAUGGAUGGAAGGCUCAAUGUAGUACGGAGACUGCUGGGACUUCGGAACGGAGACAUUAGGUUGACGAGUCCGACGGCGCCGCGAGCACGGCCGGCGGGGAGGACAAGUGAGGGGAGUUCAGGAGUCGAGCUGGAGGAUCGGCCGGGCGUGGAUGAGCGGUGAUGUGAUACCUACUACUCUAUAGGGAGGAGAUAGUGCUAGACGGACACAGGUAAAUUUGUCCAAGCCAACGACUGCCCUUAUUCUUCCAAUGGUAGCGCAGUCGGGCGGGAUGUGUCCUGCGCUCACGUGACCUUGUCGGAACACGCGCCCGAUUCUAUGAUCAAG